GACGCAUCGUGGAAUAUAGAUUUUUCAAAUAGUUGUGUGUUAGCAGUGCAUAGGUGCGGAAAGUCUAAGCACAGAUAGGUUCUCUCGGCGCAGGUCGCCACAAAAACAACAACAGGUAAACAUACGGUGGAAUAUCACUGACACGCUUCAUCAGCAAACAGUUAAGAAGUUCUGCACUUUCUAUCACUUUUACUCAAAGGUUAUGUCAGCUUUAGCGCAAUGUAAAGGAUAACACUUUUAGGCGGAUUUAUUUCUUGGAUUAUUCAAAGAGGAAUAAACAAAGAAGAUGGAAGGAAAUCUUACGGGAAACGCGUCUGUACCUUACAACUUCACCGACGAAGAGGAAUACCUUUUGAUUACUGGACUUUGGAAACAGCCGUUGCAUUUGAUUCUUAUUUAUUCUUUUGCAUAUUCGGUUGUGUUUACGCUUGCCGUUGUAGGAAAUAGUCUCGUUGUCUCGGUGGUGUACAAAAAUCCCCGAAUGCAUACGGUUACAAACUAUUUCAUAGUGAAUCUUGCAAUAGCGGAUAUGUUGGUUUCAGUCAUCGUAUUGCCGAUUACGCUUCUCUCCAAUCUUAUGUACGGUUGGAGGUUUGGAGCCGUAACAUGUAAAGUGAUUCCAUACCUUCAAGGAACAGUCGUCAGUGCCUCAGUUAAUACAUUAGCAGCUAUUGCUGUAGAUAGGUAUCUCGCCAUAUGCCAUACGCUGAAGUGUAAAGUCUCGCGAGGGACAGCAAAAUUCGUGAUCUUAUUCAUCUGGAUGAUAUCCGCCAUUAUCAUGAUCCCCUGGGCCCUCUUCUAUCAACACAAAUCAGUACAGAUAAAGAACGUGACGUUAUAUUACUGUGCUGAGAUCUGGAAAAACGAGGAGGACAAGAAAUCGUUCUUUUUAGGUGCUAUUUUUCUAACAUGCUACACCAUUCCAUUGAUUUUAAUCACUGUGUGUUACAGCCUUAUAGGACUAAAAGUCUGGAAUCGCGACCCACCGGGCGUUCAUACGAGGAAUGGAGUUGUGUACCGAUCAAAAAUCAAAGUGGUGAAAAUGCUGCUGGUAGUCGUGAUUCUGUUUGCCUUCUCUUGGUUACCUCUUUAUGCAAUUCGCGUGAGAAUUUUCUUUGGUCCCGAAUUCGACAAAUAUACGUCUGAUAUUGUCCUAAAUAUACUCAAUCCUAUCUGCCAAUGGUUAGGUUCUUCCAACUGUUGUGUGAAUCCACUGGUUUAUUGUUUCUUCAGCAAGAAAUAUCGCAGAGGAUUUAAAAUUGUUACUAUGUGUUGCAGACGGGUGAAGUUUACGGAGUUGCAGCGUGGGAAUUCUAGCACUGUGUAUCAGACGAUGCCAGACGUGGUUAACGGUAAUGCGCAGGAGUCACUCGUGAUAAGACAGAACCAAUUCCCCGUGAGAAGCAAGCUCACCAGAAGGUCGACGAACAUGACCGCCGUUUAACACCUCUAGUUCUCUCUUUCAUCAUUAUUUCAUCUGGAGUAUUGUUAAGCUUAUUCGAUGCCUCGACAGACGGGAUAAAAUCCCUCCCAUCAUUGCUUUGCCACCGCUGCUGCAUAGAAGGGGACCGAGACAAACCAACCCUCGGUUACAGUGUCAGAUCGCACUUUUUCUUAUCAUGUCUCUUUGAUUUGAUGCUUUCGAGAGAUUCGCAAGCCAUCUUGGCCCUGGUCUACAUUUAAUCAU